AUAGCAACCCGAAGCAGCGCUUCCCUGGCUCCCCCUCUUCCCAACCUUCUUCCUAAUCCCCUGAGGCCCAUCCUAGGGUCCCCUUAGAACUUUGUCUUCCCUCCUGCCAAGUACCCUAAGAUUUCAACCAAUUAGCCAGGUCGGGGGCUGUAUGUUGGCUGCCUUGCCUAAGGAAGUGCCUUGGCAGAAAAGAAGGAAGAAGGGCUCUGGAGGGAAUAGGGAAGGGAGUUGUUCUGAGCCCCUCCCAUCAACUUAGUAGGGGGAUGGCAUCCACAUCUGCCAGGAGUGGGGACAAAAAGGACAUCUGGUCAUCUCACACUGCUGCCUCCUUAGGUGGAGGGCAGAAAGCCUCGUUAUCCCGCUCUGAAGAAUUCCUGGCCCGAAUCAGCACAGAACUUACAGAUGAAGCACUGUUUAUUGCUCGCUCCCGUUUGAGUCCUAUGCCCAACAAGGAAAAACAGACCAAAGACCAAGGGACUCAGAUAUCUAGACAUGUGUUCUUCAACAAGACCCGAGGCACUGACACCCGCUCUGACAGAAAUCGAACCCGAACCAAGGCACACCUUCUGCUAUCUCCUCUUGAGAAGGGAGCACUCCCCAACAGUCUGACAACUGGAGGAUGAGCUCAGUCCUCCAUAGUACUGCCUUCUUUCAGCCUCUUGCCUUCCCCCACCACGUCCCUCAGUGAAAACCUCAAAGCCCCUCUUUUGCAACUGGCUAAGCCUCUCAUCUCGGGAGGAACCCCUGGUCAUAAGCAACGCCGCUUUUGAAACCAAGAAAAUCUUGUGGAGCUGUUGCAGGGCCCUCUCCCCUCUGUGGGCAAACACCACUGAGAAGACAAGGUUUUAAUAAAGAACCAGGGGUCCUCCCUUUCCGAAAA